GUUCCUAUAAGGUGUCAGGGUGUCACUGCCUAUUCCUCCAUGGAGGAGUGGGAGUAUAUAGGACACAAGGACCUCUACAAGGACGUCAUGAAGGACAAUCAGCCGCCCCUCACAUCACCGGAUGGAUCCAGUCAUGGGAACCCACCAGAGAGAUGUCCCUCUCCUCUGUAUUCCCGGGACUCCACACAGGAAGGUCACACCAUCUCUCACCACCAUCAGGUAGAAUGAUCCAGUAAUGGGAACCUACCACAGAGAUGUCCCCAUCC